UUAUUUAUUUUGUAUACUUGCAAAUGUCGAUAUAUUUACAAUUUUUGUUAUGGAUAAUAUGAAACUUACCUGUAACAUUUUGAAAUAUUAUAAAACAAUGAUACACUUAAAGACAAAAUAAAAAAGAAUUGAUAGACUGAAGAAGAAGAAUUGAAGUUAUAAAAGACAUUAACUGUCUGACGGUUAUAAUGUAAGUGCCGGUUCUCGAAUACAAAUGGAAGCCAAAAGGAUCUGCGAAAUAACAACAAUAUUGAGUCAGAUAAAUUAUCUAUAUAGGACUUUGAACUGUAAAAUGCCCCUACCUCUUUUUAACUUUACAAUCACUGAUUAAUAGCUUCUCGAAAGAGUCAUGUAAGAAGAAGUAACACGGAACAUUUCUACUUUUGGUGUUCCUUUUCUAUUGGUACUAAUAACCCAAUCAACUCAUUUCUCCUACCAUUCCAGCGAAACUCUUAUUCUAGUCCAAUUGAGAGUUAAAGAAAACUCUUCAUAUUAGUGAAACUCAUUGUAAUUUGAUAUACAAAAAUAAAUAUUUUAUUGAAUUUUUUUAGGAUUUGUUUUCUCGAAAGCUUUCACAGAUAAACACAUAAAAUAUUGAAUCUUUAUUUACAAUGAAUAUACUACGAUUAAAUUUACGUAGUAAUUCUUACUGCAAAUAUUAUUAUAAUAAUUAUUCUACUGAAUUAUUACUAGAUUUUCCGAAAAUAUAUAAUACAAACGAUAGAGAACAUGAGUUGUAUAAUUUUUGGGAAAAGAAUAAAUAUUUUUCUGUUAAACCUGGCAGAAAAGAAGCGUUAAGAAUGUUAUUACCUCCACCUAAUAUAACUGGGACAUUGCAUUUAGGACAUGCAUUAACUAUUAUAAUUCAAGAUAUAUUAGCAAGAUGGUAUAGAAUGAUGGGUCAUCCUGUUAUAUGGAUACCAGGUUUCGAUCACGCUGGAAUUGCAACACAAAUGAUGAUAGAAAAAUACCUUUUAGGAACAAAAAAUGUUACAAGGUCUGAGAUAGGGAAAGAACAAUUUCUUUCAGACAUAUGGGAAUGGAAAAAUCAGAAAGAAAUUGGGAUAAGAAAUCAGUUAAAAGCCUUAGGUGCCAGUUUAGAUUGGUCAAGAGAAUAUUUUACAAUGAGUCAGGAACAUAGUGAUGCUGUAACACAAGCAUUUAUAAUAUUACAUGAUCGUGAUUUAAUAUAUAGAAAAAAAGGCUUGAUCAAUUGGAGUCCAACUUUAAAUAGUACAAUAUCUGAUAUUGAAGUAGAACAUCUCUUUAUUAAUGAAAGAACUGCUCUUCGAGUUCCAGGAUACAAAGAAAAAAUUACAUUUGGCGAAAUAUCACAUAUAGCAUAUCCAAUUGAAAAUUCAAAAGAUGAAAUAGUAGUAGCAACAACUAGACCAGAAUCUGUUUUUGGUGAUGUAGCAAUUGCUGUUCAUCCAAAUGAUGAAAGAUAUGGAAAGUACAUUGGUCAAAAAGUUUGGCAUACUUUUAGAGAAAUCUAUAUUCCCAUUAUUGCUGAUCCUUCCGUUGAUAGAGAUUUUGGCACUGGGGCAGUAAAAAUAACACCAGCACAUAAUAAUGAAGACUACAUUAUUGCAACAAAUCAUCAGCUAGACAUUGUUAAUGUUUUUGAUGAACUUGGAAACAUAACAGAUGCAGGAAAACAAUUUAAGGGUAUUCAAAGAUUCAUUGCCAAAAAAAAAGUCUUAGAUGAGUUAUCAAACAGAGGUCUUCUAAGAUGCAUUCACGAUCAUAAAAUGAGCAUACCAAGAUGUUCACGAUCUCAGGAUAUUAUAGAAUACAUGUUGAAGGAACAGUGGUUUGUAAAAUGCAAAGCCAUGGCACAAAAAGCAAUAGAUGCUGUUGCAUAUGGUCAUUUACGUAUAAUUCCAGAUAUACAUAAACAAUCAUGGUAUGACUGGCUUGAAAAUAUUAGAGAUUGGUGUAUUUCGAGACAGAUAUGGUGGGGUCAUCAGAUUCCAGCCUAUUAUGUUACAAAUGGAGAUAAAACUGAAUGGAUUAUUGCUCAAAACAAAAAUAAUGCACAGCUCAUUGCUCAAAAUAUUUAUGGCUCUGACAUAAAAUUACAUCAAGAUGAAGAUGUACUAGACACAUGGUUUUCUUCUGCAAUUCUUCCUUUUGCUGCACUAGGGUGGCCAAAAGAAACAGAAGAUUUUAAGAACUAUUAUCCGUUAACAUCGAUGGAAACAGGACAUGACAUUUUAUUUUUCUGGGUUGCUCGAAUGGUCAUGUUAGGAUUGGAGUUGACCAAUCGUCUACCUUUCAAUGAAGUGUUUUUACAUGGUAUUUUAUGUGAUGCUCAUGGAAAAAAAAUGUCUAAAACCAUUGGAAAUAUUGUUUUACCAGAAAAUAUUAUUAAUGGUGCUACAGUAAAUGAUCUUAAUACUCAAAUGAAUGAAAGUCACAAAUCAGGUAUUCUUAGUAAAAAAGAGUUAAGAAGACUGUCAAUUGGAAAUAAAAAAAUGUUUCCUAAUGGAAUACCACAAUGUGGUACAGAUGCAUUACGCUUGACAUUAUGCAGUCAUAGUGUCAAAAAUGAAAAAAUCAAUUUUAAUGUGAUGGAAUGUAUGACAAAUAAAUUUUUUUGUAAUAAAAUGUGGCAAGCAAGUAAAUACAUCUUACUCGCAACAAGUGAAAAACAAUGUCAGGAACCAAAGUGUAUAACACUUAUCAUCGACCGUUGGAUCUUAAGUAGAUUAUCGGUUGUAGUUCAAAUAGCUAAUCUUGCAUUGUUAAAUCGAGAUAUCCACAAAGUUAUUGAAUCCCUAAAAUCAUUUGUACAUUAUCAAUUUUGUGACUUCUAUUUGGAAGCUACAAAGUGGGGAUUCAAAACUGAAGAUGCAGAUGUCAUUUCGAGUCAUACAUAUAGCUUAAGAACUUGCUUGGAAGUUUCGUUACGCUUAAUUUCUCCGAUAAUGCCAUUCUUCGCUGACGAUUUAUAUACUAGGUUGUCAAGUAAAUUUCCAGAAUUUUAUUCAGUACCAUCAUUAAUGGAAGCGCCAUAUCCAAUGACACAACAAUUUAGUCAGUGGAGAGAUGCAACUCUUGAUAGAAGAGUAGAAAAAGCAUUGGACGUAGUAUUAGUCAUUCGCAGUCUCAUCGCUGACAUUAGUAAAAAAUUGAUUCCAGAAGUUCACAUUAUACUUUCUGACCCCGAAAAUGUUACUUUUUAUAAUGAAAUUAUAAAUUUACUUAAAGCAGGAAGCAAGAUUUAUAAUAUUCAUAUCUUUUUAAAAAGUAAUUACACAGAAAGUGAAAAUGGUGUACAUUAUAGUUUAAAUUCUCAUUGUUCGUUGUUUAUUACGUUGCAGGAUUCUUUGAUUAUGGAGAAGGUGAAGGAAAAUAUACAUAAAAGAGAGUCACAAGUAAAGAUAAACGUAAAAGCUUAAUCCAUGUUGGACUCGGCCCUAUUGUCAUUGUAAAUAUCCCAUCGGCAAUCACAGACUGAGUAGGAACAGGAUAAGACUCUGUAACUUCGGUAUCUUCGUUUUCGCUGUUGUUUUCUUCGCCAUCAGUUUCUUUCACUUUUCUUCUGCGAUGUCGUACUGUUGUAUUUUUCUUCCCGCAUAACGUCACUAAAAGUAAUUAUAUAAACGUCGUAAUCACAGUAUUGUAACAAUAGAUAAAUAUUUACUUUUAUACUUACCGGUAUGCCAUUGAAAUUUUUCUAAAUCUAGAGCCAUUAGAUCAUUAUGAAAUAUUCCAUUAAGUUCUUCUUCAUCAUCUUCAUCGAAAACUCCACCAAAUAUAUAAGCUAAAUUUGGUUGUACUAAAACAGCUGACAUACUACAACGAGGUGAAGGUUUAACACCAGAUUGUUUUACAGAUGCCCACUUCCAUUUUAAACCAGAUUGGUCAUUCUCUAAAAUAGAAUUAUUAAUAGUAUUUUAAAUUUAAAUGUAAAACAUCACUCAGUGAAGUUACUUACUUUCAGGAGUCAUUACAAACACAUCACUGUGAAUGUAACCCUUAUCAAGAUCCUUCUUCACCUUUUCUUUGCUAUAACCACCAUACACAAGAAUUUUCUCAGAUGUUGGUAGCAUUAUACAGCCAGAUCUUGGAAGUGGUGGGUUACCUAACAUUU